GGCGAGGCUGUUUCAGUGAAAGAAGAGGAAGUCGCGUUCACAGUGAAAGAAAGGGGGGUGAGAAAGAGGAUGCCGUUUUUGACGUGAAGAAGGAAGGGGAUAUAACUGUCACAUUGAAAGAUGAAGAGGUGGAGAUAGGAGAUCUGAUUAACAUCAGAGAGAGACGUGACUAUUGUGGAUCCUCUGGGGAGCAUCAACAUCAUGAUGCUAACGUGGCAGAGAAGAGUCUCUCCAGAUCAUAUCACCUCAAGAAUCACCAGCAGAGACCCACAGGGAAUAAAUCUCAUUGCUUCUCAGACUGUGGGAAAGGUUGCAAAUCUUCAUCAGAACUUACAAUACACCAGAGAAUACACACCGGAGAGAAACCUUAUAACUGUGAUCAAUCUUGGAAGAGUUUUACUCAGUCAAGCUGCCUGAAAACUCACCAGAGAAAACACACAGGAGAGAAACCUUAUAGAUGUGAUCAAUGUGGGAAGAGUUUUACUCACUCAAGCUGCCUGAUAGUACAUCUGAGAGCACACAAAGGAGAGAAACCUUAUAGCUGUGAUCAAUGUGGGAAGAGUUUUACUCACUCAAGCUGCCUGACAGUACAUCUGAGAGCACACAAGGGAGAGAAACCUUAUAGCUGUGAUCAAUGUGGAAAGAGUUUUACUCACUCAAGCUGCCUGACAGUACAUCUGAGAGCACACACUGGAGUGAAACCUUAUAGCUGUGAUCGAUGUGGGAAGAAUUUUGUUCCAUCUAGCCAUCUGACUACACACCAGAGAACACACACAGGAGAGAAAUCUUACAACUGUAGUCAAUGCGGGAAGAGUUUUAUUCAGUCAAGUAGCCUGGUAUCACACCAGAGAACACACAAGGGAGAGAAACCUUACCACUGCUCUGACUGCGGAAAGAGUUGUUAGUUCAACAGAUUUAAAAUCACACCAGAAAAUACACACAGUAGAGAAAUCUUAUAACUGUACUCAAUGUGGGAAGAGUUUUAAUCACUCAAGCUGGCUGAUAGUACAUCUGAGAGCACACACAGGAGUGAAACCUUAUAGCUGUGAUCAAUGUGGGAAGAGUUUUGUUACAUCUAGCCAUCUGACUAUACACCAGAGAACACGCACAGGAGAGAAAUCUUACAGCUGUAG